AUGGUUAAUUAUGAUGAUGAUGUUGAUGACAGUGGUAAUAGCGAAGACGAUGAUAUUGAUGAUGAUUACGAAAGUGAUGAAGACGAGGAUGAUGAUUGUGAUAUUGAUAACGACGAUAAUGAGGAUGAUAGUGAUGAUGAUGAUUGUGAUGUAGUUUAUUUCGAUGCUGAUGGCUCUCGGCUCAAUAAAAACACCUUCCAAGGCUCUCGGCUCAAUAAAAACACCUUCCAAGGCUCUAGGCUCAAUAAAAACACCUUCCAAGGCUCUAGGCUCAAUAAAAACACCUUCCAAGGCUCUAGGCUCAAUAAAAACACCUUCCAAGGCUCUAGGCUCAAUAAAAACACCUUCCAAGGCUCUAGGCUCAAUAAAAUCACCUUCCAAGGCUCUAGGCUCAAUAAAAUCACCUUCCAAGGCUCUAGGCUCAAUAAAAUCACCUUCCAAGGCUCUAGGCUCAAUUAA